AUGGAAAGAUGCCAAGACAUCCGUAUCCGGAAGCCGGUGCCUACGACUGCCGAAUACAACCGGCGAGGUCGUGUGCUUUCGCCCGAAGAAACCGACUCUGAACUGCUCGGGGCUUUUACUCCCCGAAGAAGGCAGCAGGCUGUAUACAAGAACAAUCUUUCGAUUUCGCACGUCACGCACCACUAUCAUCCCCUCAUCAUGAUCGAGAUCUACGACCUACGGAUCGCGCGUCAACACUCCGCGUUAGGGGUAUCUGCCGAGCCCCAAAUUGCGUGGCGCUACCGCGCAACCGUCAAAGGACCGGCGGGCUGGACCCAAACCGCAUACGACAUCGAGAUCCAGAGGCCAAGCGGCUCUGGAGAGACUAAGGUCUUUAGAGUCGCGAGCUCAACUUCCCUCUCAGAGUCAUGGCCCGAUCAACCGCUUGUCUCGCGCGAAACGGCCGCAUUGCGAGUCAGAGCCCAUGGCCGGACUGAACGCGCAGGGGGUCCGGAAUCCGCGGCCUCAACUCCGUGGUCGCACUGGAUAUCUAUCGAGGCUGGUCUGCUGGCGCGAGAGGACUGGACGGCAAGCUUCAUCACAUCCGCUCUUUCGCCGGCCCCGGAUCCGUGUGAUAAAGGCCUAAGACCGAUCCGGUUGAGGAAGACGUUCCGGCUGAGCUCUCGUGUCCCGCUCGCGCGCGCAAGGCUAUAUAUAACAGCGCUGGGUCUCUACGUGGCAUAUCUGAACGGCAGACGCGUUGGGGGCGAUCAUAUGACGCCUGGAUAUACCAGCUAUCAUCACCGAAUCCAGUACCAGGUGUACGACGUUGCGGAUUUGUUGGUCUCCGGAGAGAAUACGCUGGGGAUCGAGGUUGCGGAAGGCUGGUACGCGGGGGAAAUCGCCUGGGACAAUCGCACUCGGUGUCUGUACGGCAGCGAGAUAGGUGCUUUGGCUCAGUUGGAGGUCCUCGAGGAGGAUGGGAUAGCGCCGUCCUUGCUCCUUCAAUCGGACGAGACAUGGGAAAGUCAGCUGUCGCCCAUCCUGGCGAGUGGCAUCUGGAAUGGGGAAUUGUAUGAUCGUCGACUGGAGGAAUCGGACUGGAAUCGACCCAGGUCGGAAGUCUCGCGCUGGCAGCAAGUGAAGCGCAUGCCCUUCCCUUCUGCGGAGUUGGUGGUGACCUCGGCGCCCGCGGUGAAAGUCACCCAGACUGUCCGGCCGGUCAAGGUCUUUCGUACCCGCUCGGGGAAGUCAGUGGUUGAUUUCGGGCAGAAUCUCGUGGGAAGGGUCCAGAUUCACGGAUUGAAAAGACCGCUUGGCCACCGCGUGCAGAUCCGACAUGCGGAAGCGCUGGAGGAUGGGGAGCUUGCGGUUCGGCCGCUGAGAGGCGCCCGGGCAACGGAUACGCUUAUCUUCGGCCAGGAUGAUACGGUCCGGGACUGGUCGGUCUCUUUCACCUAUCAUGGGUUUCGGUACGCCGAGUUCCAGGGAUGGCAUACUCAAGACGCAGCAGACCCCCUGACUAUCGAUUCUGUCUCGGCCUUAGUGAUGCAUACUGACAUGGACCGCACGGGUUACUUCGGAUGCUCCGAUGAUCUGCUCAAUCGGUUUCACGAGAAUGUCGUAUGGAGCAUGCGAGGGAACUUCUUCUCAAUACCGACCGAUUGCCCGCAGCGAGAUGAGCGAAUGGGCUGGACCGGGGAUAUUCAGAUUUUCUCUCCCACGGCUGCGUUCCUCUACGACUGUGACGGCAUGCUGGGGAACUGGAUGAUAGAUUUGAUCCAAGACCAGCGGGACAGCAAUGGGGUUGUUCCGUUUGUGGUCCCUAAUUGCUUGUCCGAAUGGAAGUGGCCGGCUCUUGCACAGGCUAUCUGGGACGACGUUGUCAUUUUGCUGCCCUGGGUGCUGUAUCAAUAUUUCGGUGACGUCGAGACUUUGCGCGAAAGCUAUUCUGGGAUGAAGAUAUAUCUCGACAGUGCGAUCCCCAGAGGAGAAGAUGGAUUAUGGGAUCCCGAUAUCUGGCAGUUGGGAAACUGGCUGGACCCUAAUGCUCCACCGCAAGAGCCUGGUUUGUCGCGGACCGACGGCACCCUAGUGGCAGAUGAGUAUCUUGUCUAUGUGACAGGCAUCAUGGCCAGGGUCGCUGGCAUUCUGGGGAAUCCAGACGAUUGCGCGAGGUAUGGCGCGGACUUUCAGAGUCUCAUGCGGGCAUUUCAGGAGAAGUACAUGUCUCCAUCAGGCCUGCUUGUUGGCGAUUCUCAAACAAGUAUCGCUCUUGCGUUGAACUUCAACCUUCACGAUACUCCACAGCUUCAAGACAAGCGUUCCCAGGCCCAAGACGCGCUUCGAAGACGGGGAAAUGCAGCAGACCGUCUCGUGCGUUUGGUCCAAUAUGCCAAGUUCCGCGUCAGUACCGGGUUCGCAGGUACCCCUGCCAUUCUGCAUGCUCUAUCAUCGUCUGGGAAUCUGCAGAUUGCCUACCGCAUGCUUCUCGAAGAGGGGUGUCCAUCCUGGCUUUACGCGGUAAAGAUGGGCGCAACGACAGUAUGGGAACGCUGGGACAGCAUGCUUCCAGAUGGCUCAGUCAACCCAGGCGCGAUGACCAGCUUUAAUCACUAUGCGUUAGGUGCUGUAGCGGACUGGCUGCACACAGUGGUAGGAGGGCUACGGCCCGUGGCUGAUGAGCCUGGGUGGCGUAGAUUCAUCGUGCAACCCCGUCCGGGUGGAACUCUUACGAACGCUUUUGUUGAGCUCAAGUCUCCAUGUGGGUUGAUCCGGUGUGAGUGGCGGAUUGAAGACGGCCCAGAUCAGAUAUUCCAAAUGGACCUGACUGUGCCGCCGAAUAGCACUGCCCUGGUUGUGCUUCCGCAGGGGAAUCGGGUGCAGAAUGUUGGAUCUGAGGCGUCUGACGCGAAAUUGGUAGGCUCGGGCUCCUACCAUUUCGAAUGCAUCUAUACAUCAGAAGGGCCAUGGCCGCCAACGGCACGUCUCACAGAAUUCCGAGAGGAUUGUUGA